AUAUUUUCUCAUCAGCUUUCUUCUGAACACACGCGCUGAACUCGAAGCUGCUCAGAAAGCCAAGACUUUGUUUUCACUUCAUUUUACAGGAUUGUUUUUUUUUUGCUGCUGGUCGAAUUUCUGAGGAAGGUUCGUGAUCCGCGAAGCUGUGUGAUGGCGUGUGUUAAUUUCACUAUGGAUGUGAUAGAGGACCAAGCGGCCAGACGUGAGCUUCAAGGUGAUGAAGGUCCACUGAUUAAACAUUACAGAGUCUCUGAGCUCGUUCCUGGUCCACAGCUUCCUCUGCACCAGUUUAUGAAGCGAGAACCAGCAGUUUGGGCCGCCAUGCAGAUAUGCAGUGGGAUAUUGAGCACUGGACUUGGAGUCGUGUUUGCUGCAUCCUUCAAUAUUGAUAGUCUGCUCCUCAUCUUGUUCAGAGUCCCGAUCGUCACCGGCAUUCUGUUCCUGGCUGCUGGAUUUUUCUCCUUGAUGCUGUACAGAAACCCCAGACUCUUACAGUUCUGUUUUCACUCCAACAUAUUAUGUCUGGUCAUUUCUUCGAUCGGAACAGUGCUGCUGUGUGUGGAUUUAAGCAGCCAAAAUGUUCUUGUCUUUUCGGUGGAACUCCUGGUGCUGUUUGUGACUCUGUUCGACAUACUGAUCUCCAUCGUCCUCAUAUUUCUGAUUAAUGCAGAGAAACGCCGGCAAAGGAAGAAAUGACUCGGCUCGGAUUCUAGUAACUGAUCCGAGUCGAGUUAAUGAAAUAAAUGUUUGCGUUAAAAUAUUCCUACGUGAGAACCGGCUGUACAGAAGCUCGUGGAAAAAACCUCUCAUGACUUUAAACGCUGUUACCAACUAAACAGCUUCAAAGUGUCGUCUGCAUGCGAGUCGGCUCACCGACUCGACUCGUUUAGCUGAAUUUCUAACUGAGAUCCGAUUCAAACAUAUGACGUGUUUUAUGUUUUUCUUUUUCUACCUGUUGCUCCUGCAGUGCAAAUAAAAAAAAACCCAAUUUCAGUGGA